GGGCGCCGUGCCCGGUGCCCAGCCUGGCCCCAUGGCGCUGGUCACCGUGAGCCGCUCGCCCCCGGCCAGCGGCCGCUGCUCGCCCGUGGGGCCCCCGAGCCAGGCCGCCAGGAGGACCAGCCGACUCCAGCGCAGGCAGAGCUUCGCCGUACUCCGCGGGGCCGUCCUGAGACUGCAUGACCACGAUGGAGGGGACGACGAUGAUGGAGAUGGGGAGGCCCCAGAGGCCGGCCCUGAGUCUCCCGAGGAGCCCCGGGGCGAGGAGCAGCCCCUCACGCACCAGGCUGACCCUGGGGACCAGGUGGACUCUGGGCACUGCGACCAGAGUGCCCAGAAGCAGGAGCAAAGCCACCACCUGCAGCUCAUGGUGGGGCUGCUCAGGCCGCAGGACGACAUCAGACUGGCUGCCCAACUGGAGGCGGCACGGCCCCCCCGGAUCCGCUACCUGCUGGUGGUCUCCACGCAAGACGUCCCAGGCCAAGAUGAGACGCUCCUCCUCGGAGUAGACUUCCCCCAUGGCAGCUCCCUCAGCUGCACCCUGGGCCUGGUCUUACCUCUCUGGAGUGAUACCCAGGUGUACCUGGAUGGAGAUGGAGGCUUCAGCGUGACGUCUGGCGGGCAGAGCCGGAUCUUCAAGCCUAUCUCCAUCCAGACCAUGUGGGCCACGCUGCAGGUGCUGCACCAGGCCUGUGAGGCGGCGCUAGGCAGUGGGCUGGUGCCAGGGGGCAGUGCCCUGAGCUGGGCCAGCCACUACCAGGACAGACUCAACUCUGACCAGAACUGCCUUAACGAGUGGGCGGCCAUGGCUGACCUGGAGUCUCUGCGACCUCCCAGCACCGGGCCCGGUGGGGCUUCGGAACAGGAGCAGAUGGAGCAGGAGAUCCGGGCCGAGCUGUGGGAAGUGCUGGAAUCCAGUGACCUGGAGAGCGUCACUUCCAAAGAGAUCCGCCAGGCCCUGGAGUCGCGUCUGGGCUGUCCCCUACAGCAGUACCGCGACUUCAUCGACAACCAGAUGCUGCUGCUCAUGGCCCAGCAGGACCGGGCCUCACUCAUCUUCCCGCACCUCUACCUGGGUUCCGAGUGGAACGCAGCCAACCUGGAGGAGCUGCAGAGAAACAGGGUCAGUCACAUCUUGAACAUGGCCCGAGAGAUCGACAAUUUCUACCCCGAGCGCUUCACCUACCACAACGUGCGUCUGUGGGACGAGGAGUCGGCGCAGCUGCUUCCACACUGGAAGGAGACACACCGCUUCGUGGAGGCUGCCAGAGCGCAGGGCACGAGGGUGCUGGUACACUGCAAGAUGGGUGUGAGCCGCUCAGCGGCCACUGUGAUGGCCUAUGCCAUGAAGCAGUAUGGCUGGGGCCUGGAGCGGGCGCUGCGCCAUGUGCAGGAGCUACGGCCCGUUGCGCGCCCCAACCCCGGCUUCCUGCGCCAGCUGCAGACCUACCAGGGCAUCCUGACUGCCAGCCGGCAGAGUCAAGUCUGGGAGCAGAAAGUUAGCGUGGGCUCCCCGGAGCAGCCCCUAGAACCUGUGGUUUCUACGCCGUUGCCGCCUCUUCUGGCAGAAUCUGGAAGCUGCGGGGAGAUGGAGGUGGCACGGCCGGAGGAGGAAGUGGACGCCCCUCGAGAAGAGCCUGGGACUCGGCCCCGUAUCAACCUGCGAGGGGUCAUGAGGUCCAUCAGCCUGCUGGAGCCUCCCGGGGAGCUGGACAAUGCCCCCAUGGCUGAGGACCUGCCUGAGGUUUUCUCUUCAGGUGAGGCCCCGAAUGGAAACCCAGCACUCUCCGAGGCCAGUAGAGGAGGGAGACAGCGUAAGGGGCAGUGGCCUGCCCGGAUGUCCCGCCAGUCCGUGGUUGCCCUAAACAACGCUGCCCUGGUAGCCAGCCGGAGCCGGGCCUUCGAGGGGCAGGAGCAGGAGACAGGGCUGGGCGCCAGGCGGGCACGGAAGGUGGUGAGACAGGCCAGCGUAGGGGGCAGCGAGGAGGAAGGGGAGGCCUGAGCCCUUGAUGGCCACGACCAGGACACUGCAGUCCUCCGAGCACGACACUACAGCCUUAAGCACAGGCCUAUGCCACUCAGCCUCCUCUGGGAAGGGGGUGUGGAAGAGACGAAGGCCUUUGGGAGUGGCACCCGACUCCAUUCUUGCUGCUCCCUAAAGCUCACUGCAGCCAUGCAGGGGGCUCUGUACCCUCAUCACCCCAUGUUCCUGGGCAGAGUAGCUUCUGCUCAGUGUCUCGCUCUGGUGGACCCUGAGCAGCAGAGCCAGGACCCACUGAUUGGCUGGUGGGUAGGCACCCCCUUUCCUGUGCAACCCCCAGUUUAUGCUGCUGCCUCAUCAUCCCCUGCCUUGGCACUAGACCGAGUCACAGGCACCAGGCCAGAGUCUGUUUCAGCUUUCAAGACCUUUUCCCAGUUUCUCACGGUUUAGUAUGUGCUAGCUUUGUACCUAGAACUAAAGAGCAUUUUCAUAUUAUUUUCAAUUUUAUAAUAAAGCCAUCUCUCCA